AUGGUCUCUUUAUACUCACACAAGGAAUCUUCCGACGUUGCUAAGGCCGUGGGUGCUUACAUAAUCAAGAUCCAGGACGAGGCUGUCAGCAAGGCUGGUGUUUUCAAAGUUGCGGUGUCCGGUGGAUCACUCGGCAAGGUGUUGAAAGCUGCCUUGAUUGACGACUCUGAGCUCUCCCAGAAGGUCAAGUGGGACAAAUGGGAGGUUUUCUUCAGUGACGAGAGAAUUGUGCCAUUGGACCACGCCGAGUCCAACUACGGUCUUUUCAACGAAAAAGUGCUCCUGAGCUUGCCAGCCGGCUCUCCCAAGCCCAAGGUUCACGCCAUUGACGCUUCUUUGAUCACUGGCUCAGACGGCCAGCUUGAAGGUGCCGAUAGCGGCAAGGACGAGGCCCUUGCACAGGCUUACGAGAAGCUUUUCGCCAACGACGCCCAUCUUGACUUGGUUCUUUUGGGCUGCGGUCCCGAUGGUCACACCUGCUCCUUGUUCCCUGGUCACGCUUUGCUCCAGGAGAAGAACAGCCUUGUUUCGUUGAUCAGAGACUCGCCCAAGCCUCCACCAAGAAGAAUCACCAUCACCUUCCCCGUUUUGGCACAGGCCAGCAACAUUGCGUUUGUUGCCGAGGGCGAGGGUAAGGCUCCAGUGAUUGACGAGAUUUUCAACAAGCCCGAGUCGCAGUUGCCAUGCAAGUACGUGAACGACCUCAGUGUGCCAGUGUCGUGGUUCGUCAACGACGCAGCUCUCACCAACGUGAAUGUCACUCCUUCCAAGUACUGA